AUGGGGCACAGCAUUCGCCACGACGCUUCAAGAGAAGCAACUGAAAGUCUCCUGAAGCUCCUGCAUGCACAUGUACCCGAAGGAACGCUGCUGCCAACGUCGAAGUAUACUUUCUUCCAACAUUUUAAUGGGGUCGACAUGAAGAAAGCCAGGCACUUUUAUUGCAAUAGUUGUUCCUCGUACCUUGGCCCUCUUGAACAGGUUGCACAGGUUACAUGUGAUAAAUGCAAGGCUCAGCUUCAGGUGCCUGACCUUGUAAAAACAGCUUCAUUCUUUUUUGUGUUAGACAUUGAAGGGCAAGUAAGAGAUAUAAUGAAAGCAGGGCGCAUCAUACCUGUUCAGCAGUCUGCUUCGCUUGGCAUCACUGACAUUACUAACAGCGUGGGUUAUAGGAAGCUUCCGCUUUCCGCAAGUGAUAUUACUUUGACGUUCAAUACAGAUGGCGUUUCACUCUUUGAGAGCAGCAGCUAUGGAAUUUGGCCACUUCUUGCCCAAGUAAAUGAAUUACCAUUUAAAGAGCGGUCUAAUAAUCUUAUUCUAGCUGGCUUAUGGUUCGAUUGCACUGUGGCCAAGCGGCCUCACCACCGGGCAGGCCACACGUAUGCACGCAAACGGAACAAUGCCAGUGGCUUCGGAUGA